AAGUCCUCAAGUCUCCCAAAGCCGGAAUGUCUAUUUCCUCUCUCCUCUCUGUAUUUGAAAAAUUAUGGAACACCCUAACCCCAAAAUUCACCGAAAAAUGAGCAAGUGGCGAAUUGAGUGAUAAUCGUGAGGAUAAAAAAAAACUAAAAAUCAAGAGUUACAAAAAACCUGGACAUCGGUUACGAGUAAAUCAAUCAGUGAACAGACGAAUUGAGUUGGGGAUACGUUAUCCAGGUUAUGGCAAAGUACAUUGCCCAAAUAAUAGUGCUGGGCACUCAAGUUGUGGGUAGAGCAUUUGCACGAGCAUUGCGUCAGGAAAUAGCAGCAAGCCAGGAAGCAGCUAAAAGAGCUGGUGGUGGUGCCCAAGGGGUGAAGAGAGCAGCAGCCAAUGCCAAGACUGGACUGUCCCUGGAGGAGGCCCUCAGAAUUCUCAACGCGGAGAAGCCAGACCAGAAGGAGCUCAUCGAGAAGAAUUACAAGUACCUCAUGGAGGCCAAUGACAGGGCCAAGGGUGGAUCCUUCUAUCUCCAGUCUAAAAUCGUCAGGGCCAAGGAGAGAAUUGACGACGAGCUAGAACAUAGUCAUAAAACAACGGACGAACAGCCCCUUAAACCCGAGACGAAAUGAUCUAUAGUUUUUUUAGUCUGAAAAUCUUGUACAUAUUAUUUACUCUUGAUAGGAGAUCAUUGGGAGAAUUCAUGUCCUACCUGAUGAUUCGUCAGGUCUCAGGGAAAUUAGGGAGUAUGUAAUUAAAAGGUUGAAUAAAAAAUACAAUAGCUGUGUUGUAUUUACGUUUAUCAGUC